CACCGCUCUGGUCGAGGUGCAUUGUGGGGAGGAAAGUCGUUGCCAUUCGACCUCUGCGGGGCCUGCGCGGACGCAGCGAGAACCCUGAAAUUCAUUAUGCGUUUAAAACCUUUAUUUAUUUCCGCAUAACCUACAUACUCUCACCGGGAGGGCCAGGCGGGGAAAAGAAACGACGGCGGACCAUCUCUUUCGGAGAAAGACAUCGCUUCCAAACACUCUGUUUAUUCGCCGGAGGGAUAGACACUGCUGGGGAAAGUGAAGAUAGUUUUAUAUAUAUAUAAAGAAAAACAUGUCCGGUGAGAGAAAUCGCAGGUCCCUGGCUUUCCGAGGAGGUGGUUCGGCUGGGUUAACGGGCUCCGGCGGCAUCGGCGGGGGGAACUGUAACAGCUGGGAGGCCCCGGCCUGUCAAGACCGACAUUUUAACGGGAAUAGGCCGGAUCAAGAGGACGACAGGGAUCUGGGGGCGAAGGGACCGUCGCAGAAGCGAGCGGAGGGCGCUGGGUCUGUCAGCGACAGCACGGAGCCCGAGGCGGAGGAGGAAGAGGACCCGGAAGGGGGCAGCUGGGCACCCGGGGACGACCGUGCGGGCUCGGUCGAAGGAGACGACGGGAAUAGCUGUGCGGCGGGGAACGGUCCCACCGACAGCGCCGGAGAAGGACAAGAGUCCCGGAGCGUGGCGAGGGGAGGCGAGCCCGGUUCCAGGAAAUCGGGGGUAGAGAUGAGACCGCAGACGCUGCUUCAGAAACACUCACUGUUCAACGCUUCGUGGCUGCAAGACUUCCCGUGGCUCAAAUUCUGCCAAGAGACGGGACUCAUGUCUUGCUCCUGGUGCCACAACAUUGCCACUAAAAACAGCGACGAGCUCGUCAAGGGGAGCCGCAACUACAAGCGGGCCCUGCUGCUGAGACAUCACCUGUCUUCCGAGCACGGGAGAAAUGACCCCACCAAACAGGUAACGUUAGCUGGCGCCGCUUCCGUUUACCUGCGUGAACACGAAAUACCAGUCGGGCAACUGUCAAACUAUUAACUCGUCGCCUAGCUU